AUGUCAAUGUCAUUGUCAAACUGCAUCAAAUGCCAAUUCCAUACCUCAUUUGGCAAUUAUACAAAAUUUUCAGUUUUUAAAAAGCUAAUUCCUUACUUCCCUUUUCGGAAUGGAUUCCACCCGGAAAUUGCCCCUCAACAUAGAUACUGAUACAGAGGAUGAGGAACCCAUCCUAGUUGCGAACGUACAUAGAACUGUUAAAAUUGGUCCUAAUGGUACCAGAAUGAUCGAAAUUGUCGAAACAAAUGAUCGUGGGAAAACCAGGUCAGUACGUAGGAAUCUCCAAAUCCCAGCAGGAAAAGGACGGGGAAUAUCAGGAGCUGAGCAAACGGCUCUUGCAGAAGAACAAGCCUACGAACUAUUUUUGCAGGACUCUACACAGUCUAUGCGGUCCUCCGCUGGAGCGAAUGGGGGUCGGUUCGAUAAGUUUGGAAAGGGUAGAAGCCAAACACCAGCAAAUCGGGGCCGCCAAGUGGAAACCUUGAAAUCCAAUCUAAAAAGUAAUACCCGAGACCGUGUCCCUCGGCCAUGAUGCAGCUUCAUAAUUCUGUAAUCUUAACAUUUUGGUAAAUAUCGGCAAUGGAACAAAAUUAGUACUAAACAAUGGACUUUCAAAAUUCAUUAUGUAAGUAAAAGAAUUGCUGAAAAUGGGAUAAGUUUGACAAAUAAAAAACAGAAUAAAA